CUGAGGGGAGUCAAAAAUGGAGCUGAUUGGAUCUACUCUGACAGCCACAUAUGCUCGGCCAAAAACCAGCCACUUCCUCCCGGCCAUAUCCACCAUGGCAUCCAGCUAUCGCAACACUCAGCCUUCCCUGGCCAUGAAUCCCAGUGCCAACCUUUGGAGGAUCAACAGCUACUACAAGAGCAGCAGCACUGUCCCAACCCCCUCUUCCAUACAGCGAGAAAAUUUAGAUCUGGUUCGAGCCAAGACCAUGUUCUAUCCAUCCAACAGGACAGCACUGACCACUCGCUACACCCCAGACGACUGGUACAAGUCCAACCAAAACAACUACAGGGAGUCCGAGUCGUCCCGGAAAAGUGCAGAGAGACUCAGAAGGGACACCAUAAGACUGAUGCAGGAUAAAGAGCAGCUGACCAGACGAACCCAGGAGAAUACAAGCAAGAACAUUGGCGAGAGACUCAAUGACAUUGUCUUCUGGAAGUCUGAGCUGAGCCAUGAGAUUGACAAUAUGGUGACAGAGAUAGCAGCGCUCACUGAGGUCAAGAGGAGGCUGGAGAGAGCCUUAGCAGAGACUGAGGGGCCCCUUCAGGUGUCUCAAGAGUGUUUAUACCACAGAGAGAAGCGGAUGUCCAUCGAUCUGGUACAUGACGAUGUAGAGAAAGACCUCAUGAAGGAAGUGGAAGUCAUCAAGUCGUGUCAGGAAAGGAUGAGGCGACAUCUGGACAGAGCCAUCGCCCAGCUGGCGUCAAACAGAGCAGCCCAGCAUGAACUGGAAAGAGACAUGAGUGACAAAGUGACAGCCCAGAGGAUAGAUGGCAGGUGUCACCAUCUGAGGAACACGUCAGACGGCAUCGGUUAUUACAGAGGGAUUGAAAGACUAGACCCGUCACUCUCUCUGCCAGACUCGUGGUCCAAGUUCACUGACGACAACAUCCUGCACUCCCAGAGCGAACGAGCUGCUUCUCACAAGCUCAGGGACGAGAUAGAAAUCUUGCUGAACACCACGUCCAAUGAAAUGUGGAACCAGUUCAACAAUGUCAAUGUAGCCUUCACCAGUCGCAUAUCAGAGACCGCUGACACCAAGAACAGCCUGCAGACACACCUGGCUAAGACCCUACAGGAGAUUUUCCAGACCGAGAUGCUGAUUGAGUCUCUGAAGAAGGCCCUGAGAGACAAAGAAUGCCCACUGAAAGUGGCUCAAACUAGGCUGGAGGAGAGGACCCGCAGGCCAAACAUAGAGCUCUGCAGGGACAACCCACACCACAGACUUGUGAGUGAGGUGAGAGAGAUUGAGGACACCAUUCGUAAGCUUCAGGAGAGGCUGAUGGAGGCUGAGAACACUUUGCAGACUCUGGUUAAGACCAAAGUGACCCUGGAGCAUGACUUGUCCAUCAAGGCCAACUCACUCUUCCUGGACCAGGAGAAGUGCAUGAGUAUGCGCAAGAGUUUUCCCAGCAUGCCCCGCCUGGUGGGCUACACCUAA